CAUCGUUGCUAACUUCAGUCGCGAAACUAAUGCAUUGCAGUCGGACGUGUUAUCGCUAUCAAUAGUUUGUUUAUCUAUUCUUUAUACUGAUUUGUUUGUUACUAUCAUUUAAGUUAAAAUGGGUAAGGUCGCCACCAGGGAAGCGUUGCGGUUUAUGACAGACUGCCUCAAAGCCGCUGGCGCAUCAGCUAAAGCAGCGGCGCAGCAGGCGGAUUUGCUUCUUCAAGCUGACAGAAUGGGACAUCCAAGCCAUGGACUUAAUAGAUUAGAGUUGUAUGUAAACGAUAUUCUAACUGGUGCUUGUACACCAAACAACGAGCCAAAGAUCCUGAAGGAGACGCCGUCUACGGCUUGGGUGGAUGCAAAUAAUGUCCUAGGAGCGACGGCAAGUCAUUUCGGAAUGGACAUUGCUAUUAAAAAGGCGAAGGAGACGGGAGUUGGCUGGGUUACAGUUAAAGGAUCUAAUCACUAUGGGAUGGCAGGCUAUUGGGGGAAAAAGGCGGCAGACAGCAGCCUAAUAGGUAUGGCAUACACAAACACAUCACCAUUACUAGCCCCAACGAGAAGCAAAAAGGCUGCCCUUGGUACAAAUCCUUUAGCGGUGGUUGCUCCAGCAUUAGACGGUGAAUCCUUCUAUUUGGAUAUGGCUACUACCGCUGUCGCCGUCGGAAAGAUAGAAAUGCAGAUGCGUAAAGGCGAACCUUUGCCAAGCGGCUGGGCUCAAGGUCCGGACGGGACAGAAACAAAUGAUGCAUCUUUAGCCUUCAAGACCGGAUGUCUGAUGCCACUUGGAGGCGGAGAACAUACUUCCGGUUACAAAGGGUAUGGAUUAGCAGCUAUGGUGGAACUUUUUUGUGGAAUACUAUCAGGUUCAAAUUACGGUCACCACAUACGAUCCUGGUCGCACACUGGUAAAGGUGGGCCUGCGAAUUUGGGUCACUGUUUCGUCGCAUUGGACCCAGAAUGCUUCGCACCCGGUUUUUCCGACAGACUCACAGACUGCAUACAACAUUGGCGGAACUUAGAACCGACCGAUCCGAAAACUCCGGUAAUGGCACCAGGAGAUAAGGAAAAGAGAGCGGCAAAGGCAACAGACGAACGAGGGACUGUUUCAUACGUCAAGCAGCAAAUCGAGUCAAGCGCAGCAGUGGCUGAACGUCUGAAAGUCACGCCCAUGGAUGUUAAAUUAGAUUAACUAAAUUUUAAAGCUUAUUUUAUAAAUCAUGAUAUUAAAUUAUAAUCUAUUUUUCUUUUUUGGAAAUUAUGAAAAAUGUCGCUGUAGUGAUUUUGAAGACCCAUUUAUAUACUUCUGAUUGUACAGAAUAAAAUGUGAAAUAAGGAAAUAUACAAAAUGUUAUUUUA